AUCUCCCUGUUUUUUGGCGUGCACAACAUUUCUCCCAUAUCAGAGAGCACAGGCGAAAACAUUCUCCGAAAGAUAAGUGAGAAAAACAAAAGCAGCUGAACCUAUUUCGAUCGCUUUGUUAGGUCAAAAGAUUUAAGAUUAGCACAGCGAUGCAAGCUGUGGUGCUCAAUACGCAAUCCUAUUGCAGAGGCCUAGAACCUCCUUCGUGUUCUCGUUCCUUCACCUUCAAAAAGGGCACAAGAUUUUUCUGCAGCCAUGUUUCUUUCAGGAGGAGAGGUAACCUGCUGCGUCCUUCUGUUCGGAUUCAGUUACCACAAUCUACUCGUAGGCAUGUUGUAAAGUGUGUUGCUACUCCGAAUCCAGCUGUGGAGUUGCCGUUAACUGCUGAGAAUGUAGAAAGCGUGUUGGAUGAAAUUCGGCCGUAUCUCAUUGCAGAUGGUGGAAAUGUGGCCUUACAUGAAAUUGAUGGCAAUGUCGUACGGUUGAAGCUGCAGGGUGCAUGUGGCUCAUGCCCAAGUUCAGUUACUACGAUGAAAUUGGGCAUUGAGCGCAGAUUAAUGGAGAAGAUCCCUGAAAUAGUGGCAGUCGAACCAAUAGCUGAUGAAGAAACUGGUCUUGAGUUAAAUGAAGAAAAUAUAGAGAAGGUUCUCGAGGAAAUAAGGCCGUACCUGGUUGGGGCUGCUGAUGGAUCUCUUGAAUUGGUAGGGAUUGAUGAGCCAAUAGCAAAGGUCCGAAUCACAGGUCCUGCUGCUAGUGUUAUGACUGUGCGUGUUGCUGUUACACAAAAACUACGAGAGAAAAUACCUGCCAUAGCUGCAGUUCAGCUUUUAUGAUAUGUUGAUUCGAAACAAUAGAACUAUCAUGCCAUUCUUGUAAUUUUUCCUGAACAACACUAAUGGAAAUAAUGUGAUGUAUAGUAUAUAUGCAGCCACAGGAAUUUUUUCUUUUGCCUGGGUAAAUUCAAUAUUUAUAUGGAGCCAUAACCACGCAAUGGAAGGGUUCUAGUAUUGAAGCCAAGCUACUCAUAUUUCCUUUUAAUGACUAAAGCUCAGUAAUGUUAAAGGCGUGAUAAUUUUGUUAUGACAGCCUGUUUAAC